CGCCCCCCUCCUCCUUCCCUCCUCUCCUCUCCCCUCCAUCCAGCACCACCUGUACAUCUGCCACAAUCAGGCCGACUUCCAGCGUACGACGGUUGGACAGUCACGCGAACUGUCCUUUUACGACAUGUCAAAAUGGAUUAUUUUAAUUUACCUUUUUAGAAAUCUGAUAUAAUUGGGAAUAAAAAAGAAACGCCCUGUGUCACAUGUUGAAGCGAAUUCAACAGCAGCAACUACGUCGACGCUGUAUUUUCUUUUCUUUCGCUCUCCACUUUGUUAUUUUUGGUGCUGAAAUUCGUCGUUUACGCACCGGAUGACGCACGAAGACUCGACCCGCUUUCGCAUCGUGACGCCGGACCCUCCCAAAGCCCCGAUUUGAUCUGAGGGGAAGUUGCUCCACACCCGAGCCGCGUCAAGCCAACUUUGGCGGCCGAGUCUCGCCAUGGCCACGGAGGGCCACCGAGCCCCGCCGCUUUGAGUCGCCUCGACCGCCGCCCCCGCUCCGGGGUGACCGAGCACCAUGCCUAAGAGCCGGGAGAGGUUGAGCCCGGACCCGUCGGUGCACAUCACCAAGAUGAACAUGAUCAUCCCCUUUUCGCCCGACGUGCCGUGUGACAGCAACGGCCAGCGCAUGUGGUGGGCUUUCCUCGCAUCGUCCAUGGUCACUUUCUUCGGGGGGCUCUUCAUCAUCCUCUUGUGGAGGACCCUCAAGUACCUGUGGACCGUCUGCUGCCACUGCCAAGCCAAGAAGAAGGAGGUGCACCGACUGACCACGGGCGACGGCGUCCUCAAGCGCGCCGACAAAGACGACGCGGCAGCGGCUAGCGAGGUGGGAUGGAUGACGUCGGUGAAAGAUUGGGCGGGAGUGAUGAUCUCCGCUCAGACCCUGACGGGACGAGUCCUGGUGGUGCUCGUGUUUGCCCUCAGCAUCGGCGCUCUGGUCAUCUACUUCAUCGAUUCUUCAGACCCCAUCGAGUCGUGUCAGAACUUCUACGAGGACAUCACGCUGCAGAUCGACAUGGCUUUCAACAUCUUCUUCCUUUUGUACUUUGGCCUACGAUUCAUCGCCGCCAACGACAAGCUUUGGUUCUGGCUGGAGGUCAACUCGGUCGUGGACUUCUUCACCGUGCCGCCCGUUUUCGUGUCGGUCUACCUGAACCGAAGCUGGCUCGGCUUGAGGUUCUUAAGGGCUUUACGGUUGAUCCAGUUUUCGGAAAUUUUGCAGUUUUUGAACAUACUCAAGACAAGCAACUCCAUCAAGCUGGUCAAUUUGUGUUCGAUCUUUAUCAGCACAUGGCUAACAGCAGCAGGAUUCAUUCAUUUGGUGGAAAAUUCUGGGGAUCCUUGGGAAAACUUCCAGAAUUCUCAGGCGCUUUCCUACUGGGAAUGUGUGUAUCUGCUGAUGGUUACCAUGUCCACAGUGGGCUAUGGAGACGUUUACGCCAAAACCACACUGGGCCGACUCUUCAUGGUCUUUUUCAUCCUUGGUGGUUUGGCCAUGUUUGCGAGCUACGUGCCUGAAAUCAUAGAGUUAAUAGGCAACCGCAAGAAAUACGGUGGUUCCUAUAGUGCUGUUAAUGGCCGAAAGCACAUCGUGGUGUGCGGCCACAUCACACUGGAGAGCGUCUCCAACUUCCUCAAAGACUUCCUACACAAGGACAGGGAUGAUGUCAAUGUAGAAAUCGUUUUUCUCCAUAAUAUUUCCCCUAAUCUUGAGCUGGAAGCCUUGUUCAAACGACAUUUCACCCAGGUGGAGUUCUACCAGGGGUCCGUCUUAAACCCUCACGACCUGGCCAGAGUCAAAAUUGAAUCAGCCGAUGCCUGUUUGAUUUUAGCAAACAAAUACUGUGCCGAUCCUGAUGCUGAGGAUGCCUCCAACAUCAUGAGGGUAAUAUCCAUCAAGAACUACCACCCAAAGAUCCGCAUCAUCACUCAAAUGUUGCAGUAUCACAACAAGGCGCACCUGUUGAACAUCCCCAGCUGGAACUGGAAAGAAGGCGAUGAUGCCAUCUGCCUAGCCGAGCUCAAGCUGGGCUUCAUCGCCCAAAGUUGCCUGGCUCAAGGCCUGUCCACCAUGCUGGCCAACCUCUUCUCCAUGAGGUCCUUCAUCAAGAUCGAGGAAGACACAUGGCAGAAGUAUUACCUGGAGGGCGUGGCCAAUGAGAUGUACACAGAGUACCUUUCAAGUGCCUUUGUGGGGUUGUCCUUUCCUGUUAUUUGCGAAUUAUGCUACGUGAAACUAAAGCUCCUCCUGAUAGCUAUAGAGUACAAGUCUGAUCAGAGGGAGAGCAGCACGCUCAUCAACCCCGGCAACCACGUGAAGAUGCAGGAAGGCACGCUGGGCUUCUUCAUUGCUAGCGACGCCAAAGAAGUCAAGCGGGCAUUGUUUUACUGCAAAGCAUGCCAUGAUGAUGUCACGGAUCCGAAACGUAUUAAGAAAUGCGGAUGCAAAAAAUCUAAAAACACCUAUAAUGGAUAUAUUAAAUCAAUUGAAGACGACCAACAAUCGAUGCUGUCUAAAAAAAAGCAAAGAAACGGAGGCAUGAGAAAUUCCCCAAACUCGUCACCGAAGCUCAUAAGACACGACCCGCUCCUCAUCUCCGUCAACGAGCAGAUGGAAAGCGUGGACGAGAACGUGAAGAAGUACGACUCCACGGGAAUGUUCCACUGGUGUCCAUCCAAAGACAUCGAGAAGGUCGUGCUGACUCGGAGCGAGGCGGCCAUGACGGUGCUGAGCGGUCACGUGGUGGUGUGCAUCUUCGGCGACGUCAAAUCGGCGGUGAUUGGCCUGCGCAACUUCGUCAUGCCGCUGCGGGCCAGCAACUUCCAUUACCACGAGCUUAAGCACAUCGUGUUCGUGGGCUCGCUCGAGUACCUCAAACGCGAGUGGGAGACGCUGCACAAUUUUCCUAAGGUCUCCAUUUUGCCGGGCACGCCGCUGAGUCGAGCAGACCUGAGGGCUGUCAACAUCAACCUCUGCGACAUGUGUGUCAUCCUGUCAGCCAAUCAGAACAAUAUUGACGACGCGUCGCUGCAGGACAAAGAGUGCAUCUUGGCGUCGCUCAACAUCAAGUCCAUGCUCUUUGACGACAGCAUCGGCGUCUUGCAGGCCAAUUCCCAAGGGUUCACGCCGCCGGGCAUGGACCGAUCGUCUCCGGAAAACAGCCCGAUCCACGGAAUCGUGCGGCAGACCUCCGUGACGACGGGGGCCAACAUUCCCAUCAUCACCGAACUGGUCAACGAUUCCAAUGUCCAGUUCCUGGAUCAAGACGACGACGACGAUCCUGACACAGAGUUGUACCUGACUCAGCCGUUCGCUUGCGGCACCGCCUUCGCCGUCAGCGUGCUGGACUCCUUGAUGAGUGCUACGUACUUCAACGACAACAUCCUCACCCUCAUCCGCACGCUGGUAACGGGCGGCGCCACCCCAGAGCUGGAGGGGCUACUGGCAGAGGAAAAUGCGCUGCGGGGAGGCUACAGCACCCCGCAGACGUUAGCCAACCGGGAUCGCUGUCGCGUGGCUCAGCUGGCUUUGUACGACGGACCCUUCGCUGACCUUGGGGAUGGCGGUUGCUAUGGCGACCUGUUUUGUAAAGCGCUGAAAACAUACAACAUGCUGUGCUUCGGCAUCUAUCGGCUUCGUGACGCACAUCUAAACUCGCAAAGUCAAUGCACCAAACGAUACGUCAUUACCAAUCCGCCCUACGCCUUCGAGCUGGUGCCCUCGGACCUCAUCUUCUGCCUCAUGCAGUUUGACCACAACGCCGGCCAGUCGCGGACCAGCCUCUCGCACUCGUCUCAUUCGUCCAGCAAAAAAAGCUCAUCUGUGCACUCCAUCACCACCAUCAACCGAGCCAACCGCAACAAGAGCAGAGACCCUCGAGACAAGCUAAACACCUCAAGAAAACAUAGAGCAGCCCAAGAAAAGAUAUGGUUUACAGAUGAGCAGCAGGGGGGUCAUCUGAGGACCAUACACACCAAGCCUGUGAAUACGCAUGCCGUCGCUGCCAACCACCACGCCGGUUCGCACAAACCCGCCAGCUGCUCCAACCCGCCAAUCCGAGAAGCAAAAGACGAAUGCUGACGCUGGUGGCGGCGGACAUAUGUCAGGCUGGCAAGGAAACAAAAACAAAGACAAUCAAGUUAACCACGACACGAUGUCCGCGCACCAUAUCAAAGUUGCCUUGCUGGCUCUCGAUGAACUCCGGUGGUACCAUGGUGGCGACAAACUAUGCCUUUGUGACAGUUAUUCUCACUGCCCGGAAAAACAGGCACCAGCCCCUCCCUCACACAAUACGUAUAUAGAAACUAUUCAAAUGGAAGGUGCCUAAACUUUUCAGACUUCCAAUAUGUUGGCAUUUCUCGUCUCGUAUUCGGGGCGAGACUUAAUAGUGAUCUUUUACUCAAAAGUAAUGCAACACUGCCAUCUACUGGAAACUGUUAGUUAUAACAGUGGUACAUAAAACUGAAUUUUAACAGUAAAGCUGCGCAAUGAUUUAUAGAUACUAUUUCUAUCUAAAGAUAAUGUGUAUUAUGCUGUACUUGUGGCAGUAUCUAAAGCCAAGUUUUAGAUGUCUUGUAUUCAGACAAAUAUCCUGAUCGUGAAAUCAAACUUAAAAAAAAAAAAACUAUGAAAGCAGUUAAAAUCUGCCACUUAUACUUCCUACAGUCCAAUCACGGCUCUAAUUUUGCGACAUUUCGUACACGUGAAAGAUUUUGCUGAAGCCUUACGUCUUCUACUUAUUAGUCAGAAAUUUUAGGGUAAGCCCUUCUUCCAAAUAUGAUAGAGCUGUUUUACUACCAAAUCAAAAGCAACUCAAAACUACAUGGAUACGGAAGCCACAUAUCGCAGGAAGUGGGCCUCUAUAAGUCCUCCUUUGGCUUGAAGCACUGCCUAACACAAGUUUUGAUUUCAACGCUAGGAAAAUUAAAACACAAAACAGCUCUAUCAUACUACUACGUGCUUUUUACACGCUCCAUCCAUCAGUUUCGUUCCUGUAUUGGAUGUUUAUGGAGUGCCAGGCAGUGCUUCGGCCAUUGGAGGACCUCCAGAGGGGCCCACUGCUGCGAAGAGAGGCUUUUAGAAUGUUCUUCUCCCAUCGUUGCAGCUCAGAAUGUAUUUGUUAGCAUGCCCCCGAAAAGUCUUAAAAGGACCACAAUACAUCACCUGUCAAAAUUUGUGAAGCGUGUUCAAGUUUUUGUUUUGUAUUUUGUGUCUAAAUUGUAAUUUUGACGACCUGGUAAACAGUUUACUAUCACCCUAUUAGUCAAUCCAUUUGGGCUGGCUGUGAAUGAUUGUGUCUCUGUGCCGCUGAUGGAGAUAAGAUGUCCAAUUCAUUACAACCUGGAGGGCGCUGCCAGCCCCUCCAAGUUCGAAUGGAUUAGACGUCUAUUGCCGUCAAUGGCCGCCAUGCGUUUGCAAUACAAUGGGGUUCACUGUAUGUUUUACUGUCAAGCAUAAACUGACUUGUAUAUGCUUUUUUUUUGUAUCUUCACGAAAUAAACGCUUAUGUAUUGUCGUUUCAAGCGUGAUAUUUUCAGGGCGUUUGAUACUCCCCACUGUGCAAUUCUAUAAAUUAAAAUCGUAUGACUGGAGCUGAGAAAAACUGGGAAAACGCUUUCACAAUAAAAUCCUAAGAUCUAUAGUAGGGCUGUCAAAAUUAUCGCGCUAACAGGCGGUAAUUAAUUUUUUAAAUCACGUUAAAAUAUUUGACGCAAUUAACGCACAUGCCCCACUCAAACAGAUUAAAAUAACAGUACAGUGUCAAUUGCACUUGUUACUUGUGUUUUUGGAGUUUUGUCGCCCUCUGCUGGCGCUUGGGUGCAACUGAUUUUAUGGUUUUCAGCACCAUGAGAAUUGGUGGUGCUGAACAAUGGCGAGCUACUAGUUUAUUUUUUGUUUGAAAAUUUUACAAAUUUUAUUAAAAUGAAAACAUUGAGGCGUUUUAAUAUAAAAUUUCUAUAACUUCUACUAACAUUUAUCUUUAAGAACUACAAGUCUUUCUAUCCAUGGAUCGCUUUAACAGAAUGUUAAUAAUGUUAAUGCCAUCUUGGUUUAUUGUUAUAAUAAACAAAUGCAGUUCUUGUGUCUUAUCUUUCCAUUCCAACAAUAAUUUACAGAAAAAUAUGGCAUAUUUUAUAGAUGGACUGAAUUGCGAUUAAUUACGAUUAAUUUUUAAGCUGUGAUUAACUCGAUUAAAAAUUUUAAUCUUUUGACAGCCCUAAUCUAUAGCUUUUUAUUUGGGUUUUUCGUUUAGCAGUGGCCAUGUAACUAUGUUCAAAAGGGGUUUGGCCUUGUGACAUCAGAAGCUGAAUAAGCUUUUCCACAAUGUAAUGACCUAUAGCCAGUGUUGGGAAUAAUGCCGUGAUAGCGCUGUUACAUAACUGUAUUAUUUUUUUCAGUAACUGGGUAAUCUAAUUAUUUUUUCCGGCGUUACAAAGCAGUUACCGUUACUGGUGGUCAAAAGCGGUGUGUUACUUUGAAUAAAUUGAAGAAACUACCAGCCGUAGCGAGUCUACUCUGCUCUGUUCAUUUGUCAUCCAAGACUUGGGGUUUGUUCAGGUUCAUGGCAAUGAAAAUAGUAAACCCACAUAGCCUACCUUUGCAAGAACGAGGGAGUUGCCGUUUGAUACGGUCAUAAUGUGCAGGUCCUGCACCCAUCCGCAGCAAAACUGUUCGUAGUUUUGUCGCGAUUUGUAAUUUCGGAAUCGCUGAGGAGUUAAGUAACAUACACCAAACAACAAAUACAGCAGAAUGUCCAUUUCACGUAAUUGUGGAAGCCCGUCGACAUCUCUACUCCAAUUGUCUUCAGCUUGCUCGUAAGGGUGAACAUUGUUCACAUCCUUAACUUUGAUCACAUAUCUGUUCUUCGCCUUAGUAACAAGUUUGUCUCUAUCGAACUGGCAAGUUAAAGUUUAAUGUCCCGCGAGCCAGACCUGCUUCCAAUAUGGCUCCAUUGUUGUCAAAUCUCACGUGAUCUCCCAUUCUGUAAUGUAAACGCUCGAGCCUAAUAGCGCACGUACUUCAGAGCCGGUGCUUUCACACACAAACCGGAACAGCGCGUGCGGUAAACACACACACGCAAAACAGAUGCAGAGGGAUAUGAUGGCAGAGCAUUCAGAGUAAAAUUUGUCCUUUACGAGGCGGAGAUAUAAACACUAUUUCAAGUUGGUCGAAAUUAGAGGAAAGAACGUGCAUGUAAAGUGUAAUUUAUGUCCCGGGGCAAAGCUUUUGUCGACAUCUGUGGUAAGCAAUUAAAAUCUGUUUAUUUUUGUUGCACUUCAAGUGUAGGAUAAAUCUGCUGCUGGUGAGGUGCAAUAAAUAUUACAAGGUUCUAUAACACAACUACCUGUCUGUUCUUCUCUAUUCAACUGACUCGAAUACUGUUCAGAAAAUUUCAAAUACUUUGACAUACAACUUCUUUUUAAAGUAACGGAAAUAGUUACUUUCCCAGAUAACUAGUUGCUUUUACUAUAGAGUAAUUCAGUUAGUAACUCACUUUUUGGAAGAAGUAGUGAGUAACUAUAACUAAUUACUUUUUUAAAGUAACGUGCCCAACACUGCCUACAGCAGCUCUUCAUGAGUCUAAUACUCUUACUAGGAGUCUUUGUAUAAUCCAAAUCUACAAUUUGCCAAUGGUGGAACACUCACGGUUUCCAUGACGACAGGUGUCCGUGCGAGUGCAUCAGCCAGCUGGAAUCAACGGUGAUCCUUUGGCAAAACAAGGGAGGGGGGGGUCAUUACGACAGCUUGUCAAAUCAAUGUUGAGGGUGUCCGGACUGAUGAAGGCGUCGCCCUCCGCGCGCUGACACAAGUGUCAAUAGCGGGCGGCCCGUGGCGGCGCACUCCCAUGAUUGGAGCGAAAUGCCCAUCAGUCAGGCAGCUGAGCCGGACUAAUGAUUCCCCGCGCUGCCUAUUAGAGCGACAUGACAGUUUAAUCCUGUGGGCCCCGACCGCGCUAAAGUGACCUUGGCGCUGCCGAUUGAGGCUGAGGUGAAUUGACAAGAGCGGAUAAAUCUUUACCUUGGGCUAUUAAGUGAAUUACAACAAGCGCGAUACAAAGCUUUUCCCAAACCUUAACUCACUGGAUGCCAUUGACGGCAAAAGAUGUCCAAUCCAUUUUGACUGGGACAACAUGGAUUUGACGUACAGUGGGGCAAAUAAGUAUUUAGUCAACCACUAAUUGUGCAAGUUCUCCCACUUGAAAAUAUUAGAGAGGCCUGUAAUUGUCAACAUGGGUAAACCUUAACCAUGAGAGACAGAAUGUGGAAAAAAACAGAAAAUCACAUUGUUUGAUUAAAAAAAAAAAAAAAUUUGCAAAUCAUGGUGGAAAAUAAGUAUUUGGUCAAUACCAAAAGUUCAUCUCAAUACUUUGUUAUG